AUUACCAGCGUGUCCAUGGCUCUCAAGUCCUGGGAAGUGACCAGGUUCAAUGAAUCUGCCGAACCACUCUCCCACCUUAUUAUAAAUAUAUGGUCCUUCAUGGGCAGAGAAAGAAAAGAAAGCCAACUCCUUUUUUUGGCUUUUGCUGCUACUUCUGCUGCUGUUUUCCGUCUUGGUUCAGCUUCAUCUUCAAUCUUUGAGCUAAAUGCUCAACAAGGUGUCUCUUUCCGACCAUUGGAUCGAUCACUUUUUCAAGCACCUAAUUGGGAGGGCACUAUCAAUGGUAGAUAUUGGGUGAAAAAUGCUCAUGUGGAGCCUAGGAAGGAGCUUAACGUUCCACUAGCAGCAACAUUUGCUAAGCCUGUGGUGGUUGAGGAGUUUUAUUAAAGUAUAUUCGAGAUGAUUAUGAUAAGCUAAAUAAGGAUCUUGGAAGAAACUUAGCAAGAGAUUGGAACAAAAGCUCUUGAAAACCUAGGUGUUAAUAUUAUAACUAUAGCUUUCAGGUGUUUGUUUUGUCCCUUUCUUUGUGGAUAUUCUUACCGAUAUGCCAAUUCCAAGUAUGAAUUUAGGCUUUUUUUUUGUAAGUUGAUCUCAAAGAAAUUAUAGGUACACGGGUCGCGCACAGACAAAAUGUAAUUACGGUUUAAUUUCAUUGGCAUGGCAUGAUAUGUCACAUCAGCACGGGAAAUGGUCAUUCGCUGGCUGUUGUGAGUCUGUGACAUCCCAUGAACUUCGUCUGUGCACGGGCUCGUACCCAUAUCAAUAUGGCUCCUCAGUUAAUAAUGAGUGAUUGAUAUAACACAAUAGGACAUAUUCCUAUAGGCCUAAGCAUCCACAACUAGAUGCAUCUAGGAUCAAGAUCUUACAUCUCCCCAAAUAUCUUCCCACAUUAAAAUAACUGCCCAGUAUAAUUAGCCAUUGCUCAUUUUUGGAGAGCUUGCCUCUUACUCUGGAGAGUGUACCCUACUUUCAGGUCCUUGAGAGGAAAAUAAAUCCACCAAGGUCCCCUUCAUUCUCUCCUCUCCAUUGAUCCCUUUGGUCUUCUUUAUUUCCUGUCCCAAUUGUUCUUUUCUUUUUUACGUUCCCUUUUUUUUUUCUUUCUUUAUUGAGAAGUCACCGUUAGUGCCAACAGCCACCGGCACUCUGUCAAAUGCCUUUGGGCCAUUUUCUCAUUCCGGUGCCUUUGACCCUGUUUGUCAUUAUAUAUGCUUUUGUCUAUAAUUCAUACUGCCAGAAUAAUUGAGAAGGUUGUCGCAAUGCCCUUGUCCCGCUGAAUUAACAUGGAACCUGCAUCUGUUUUGUGCAGUGGAGCUAAGGGUGUCUCUUCGAUUGAAUCAUGGUUAACUGUUUGCUGUCUUCUGUGGUUUAACGUAGACACUGCGAGUUUGAACUUAAACACGUCAUGCCAUAUUGACUUCAUGCAUGUUCAUGGAUGCCGUUGAGGUGCUGGCACUAUUGGUCAACAAUGGACUAUUGCUUUCCCACAAAAAUGGGUACCGAGAAUGCUGCCAAUUGACGCCUCUUCGGUGGACUCUUAACAGUCUACUUGCUUGGAUCAGUGGGG